AUGCUUUCGUGGGAAAGACAGAGAGAGCUUUACGAUCAUCUGGCUUAUCUCAAAGAAAAAGAAAAAGCGGAUAACUUCUCGUGGGACGACUGGAGGAAACGCUUCUUGAAAUUCAUGAAUUACAAAAAAUCUAGGUUGACAGAUCUGUUCAGAAAAAUGGACAAAGACAACAACGAGUUGAUUCCCAGAGAUGAAUUCAUCGAUGGAAUUAUCAAGACGAAAUUCGACACCUCUCGUUUGGAAAUGAAACACGUAGCGGACAUGUUUGAUGAAAACAACAGAGGAUUGAUCGAUUGGAAGAAGUUCAUUGCAGCUCUCCGGCCCGAUUGGGAAGAAAAAACACCGGACAAUGAUGCUCAAAAGAUUCACGACGAGGUCAAGAGAUUGGUCAUGUUGUGUACUUGCAGACAAAAAUUCAGAGUAUUCCAAGUAGGGGAAGGCAAAUACAGGUUUGGUGAAAGUCAAAAACUCCGUCUGGUUCGUAUCCUUCGAAGUACCGUCAUGGUACGUGUCGGAGGUGGUUGGGUAGCUUUAGACGAGUUCCUAGUGAAGAACGAUCCUUGCCGAGCUCACGAACACCUAGCAGAAUUGAUGCCUAUUUUCGAUGAAAUUCGAGCUAGAGGAGAGUGUGGGAAUGCGUAUCCUUUGCACGUGGGCUCCACCGCAGGCCCCACCUUACACAUGGCCCACGUUAAUCCUAACACCUGCUAUUGGGUAAGAGAACGUUCCCAGAGAUCCGUUCCCAUGGGAAGCCAACCAAGGACAGGAAGAACGUCUCUAUCAGCAGGAACGCCCGAUUCUCUUUCCGACAACGAAAGCUCAACAUUCCGUACACCCAGGAGACCAUCGUAUAGAUCAACUUUGACACCGGGAGGUUCGCGAAGUAACUCCAGACCCACCUCGAGGACGAGCAGUAGGCCAGGAAGCAAGCCUCCGUCAAGGCAUGGAUCUAACCUCUCUUUGGAUAGCACAGACGAUGCUACUCCAUCAAGAAUACCUAGAAGGACACCAACCUCUGGAAGAAGUUCAGCUCUUUCAACGACAAAAAGCAUCAAUGGUUCUAGCUCUCGCCCACGCACACCCAGCGGAUUGAUAUCUCCAGCUAGUCCCGUUGGAAGGACACGAACUCCAUCUGGAUCCAGCACUCCAGUACACCCGGAUCAACAAACAGCAGUCUCUAAACUAUUAAGACCGUCAAGCCGCGCGGAGACGCCUACUGGUCAAAGGACGCCUUCCGGUCAACGGACGCCGUCCGGCAUGAAAACGCCCACGGGUCUUAGGACGCCCUCUACCGUCCAAACCCGAAAGAAACCGACCCCUAUUGCUGAUCGGGAGCCUUUUAGGUUAUAA